AUGUACAUCCCCAUCACAAGAUAUCCCUUCUCCGCCGACGUCUCCGAUAUCUGCACUACCAAGCCUGACGCUACUAUCAGGACCUGCAGCCGAGCGAUCAGCAUCCAGUACAGCGGACACUUUAGUUGCGCCGUAGACACCGCCGUCGCCAUAUCUCUCGCUGUGCUCUUUGCACUGUUGGUGUUCCAAGUCCUGGAGUUCAUCAGAAAUGUGGUCGAGGUCGUGAGGAAGUGGCCAGCGGAGCCGAAGCAAAGAGUCGAAAAACCGGCACCUGCGCUGUUCAUGUUCAUUCCAGACAUCAGCUAA